AUGAACCCUCCAGCCUUUGUUAGAGGACCUAAUCCAAUGGCUGCAGAGAAUUGGGUGCAGGAAAUAAAGGAGAUCAUGAUUGUACUCGACUGCACAAUUGAGCAGAAGGUCCAUUAUGCCGCUUUCAAGAUGAUUGGAGAGGCGAAGCGUUGGUGGCUUUAUGCAAAGUUGCUAGAGGAUCAAAAGGUGGUAAAGGGGAAUAUGACAAUUGCAGAGUAUGUAGCAAAAUUUGUGGAGCUUUCUCGUUUCGCACUAUUCUUGAUUCCAAACGAGGUAAGGAAAGCCAAGAAAUUUGAAAAGGACUUGAGAGGCAGGAUAUAUGAGCUUGUGGUAGGGUUUCAAGUGCAGAACUUCUCAAAUUUAGUUGAUAAGGCUUCGGUGCUAGAAAAGAGUAUUCAGAGCAGCACAGAGCCUUCAGAGCAGAAGAAGAGGCCUACAUCGUCUAGUUUUUAG